GUCAUGGGUCUAGGUGUUUCUGGCAAAACAGAGCUAUGUAAUAGGUUUGCAAACGGUCAUUUUACUGAUUCCACAUAUCCAACCAUUGGAUAUAAUCUCUAUAAAACGUCAUUUAAAUCUGAUGGAGAAAAAUUCCAAGUACAAUUUUGGUAAUGUAUUUGCUUUGUUUUAUUAGUUAGUUGGGUAAGUAUAGUUAAUAUGCUCAAGAAAAUAUUACUUGUAGACGUUUAAUUCAUUGGAUCAGAACUCGUGCUUAAUUUUGAUACACAUGUUUAAGGGGAUAACUAUGGGGGUAUUUUAGCUCAACUGAUUUGUUCAUUGUGUCUGAGUUUUAGUGUUAGGUAGACGGUCCGUCUUCCGUCGUCUGUUGUCCUGUGUACUGCGUCAACACUUUUUAAAAAAAAAAAAAAAAAAAAACCUUCUCCUCUGUAACUACUGAAAAGUGUUACAAAAAAUUUGGUCAGUAGCAUCCUGGCAUAGACUUCCUACCAAUUUGUUCAAAAAUGAUAUGCUUUGCCCGUUUUAGAAGCCACAAGACAAAACCUUUGAAUGACUUCUUUCCCAUAAAUCCAUCAGACUUGGUCUGGAGUCACGUGUCAUCAUAAGUUUUUCUUCUAAAUGUAUUCAAAUGGAGGCGCUUAACCCUUUUCAGGGGCUUCUAGAGUUAAACAUAGAAAUACCUUAAACAAUUUCGUCUGAUGAACUGGUGGAUGGAUCUUCAUCAAACUGGGUCUAAAGGAUCGUUUAAAGACCUUUUUCCAAAUUUCCUCAAAUUGAGUCGCUAAGCUCUUUUAGCGGCCGCUUGAACUAAAAGUAGAAAUAUUAUUAAACCAUUUCUUCUUAUGAACCGCUUGAUGGAUCUUCGUUAAAUUCGAUCUGGAGCAUAAUGAUAAGGACCUCUCAUCAGCUGGAUCAAAUAGGGAUGUUUGUCUCCUUCUAGGAGCCGCUAGAAAUGAUGAAAUACCUUUGAACAACUGCUAGAUAAAUGUUUAUCAAACUUGAGCAAUGCAGGAGCUUAAUCAAACUCAUAGUCAGCUCCUCUCCAAAAUUUGUUCAAAAAAGGGAAUCUACUGACUUUAUUGUCCAUCCAUUACCUUUUGAAAUCAUGUUAUCGAUUCUGUUUAUUAUUUCAAGAAAUGCUUAGCAUAAAGUGUUUUUUUUUAAUCUAUAAUUAUUAUAGAUGAAGCCUUUUUUAGUGUAAAAUAGAAAUACCUUUUAAAAACUUCUACGCAAGAACCGUUGUACGGGUCUUCAUUUAACUUGACCUGGAGCAGCUUGAUAAGGUUUAGUACCAAGUUUGAUCAAGUAAGGACACUUGACCUGUUUUAGAGGCUACUGCAGCUAAAAUUAGGAGAUAAUAACCUUUAAACGACUUUUUCUGAUGCACUGCUGAUUGAAUCUUAAUUAAACUUUGUCUGUGGCUAGUUCUAGAGCUUAAAAUGAAAUACGUUUAAAUGACUUCUUCUCAUGAACCACUUCAUCACACUUGGUGGGUAACAUCAUUGUAAGGUCCUCGCCUUAUGAUCCUUGUUCAAGUAGGUGUGCUCGUUCCGUUGUGAGCCCGCCCGCUUAGCUCAGUAGGUAGAGAGUUUGGUCUACGGAUCGCGGGGUCGUGAGUUCGAUCCUCGGGCUGGGCGUAUGUUCUCCGUGACUAUUUGAUAAACGACAUUGUGUCUGAAAUCAUUAGUCCCCCACCUCUGAUUCAUUUGGGGAAGUUGGCAGUUACUUGCGGAGAACAGGUUUGUACUGGUAUAGAAUCCAGGAACACUGAUUAGGUUAACUGCCCACCGUUACAUGACUGAAAUACUGUUGAAAAGCGACGUUAAACCCAAAACAAACAAACGUUCAGAAAAGAGACAAACAUGUUCGUGACUUCUUCUGAUUAAACACUGAGUGAGUCUCCAUCAAAUUUGGUCUGUAGAAUUAUUGUAGCGUUCUCUUGUAAUUGUUCUCCCCUAAAACGGCGCUUGAGCCCUUUACGGGAUCGUUAGAGCUAAAAAUAGAAAACCCUUUAAAUGACUUUUUCUCAUGCCCUACAUGGUGGUUCUUCAUCUAACUUGGUAUGUAACAUCGUUGACUGGUUUCGCAUAGCCCCGUUUCAAGGGACAAAAUAGCUAAAUACAGAAAAAAACUUCUUAUAAUGAAGUUUGUUUUAUUAAUGGUUACGCAUUUUGGGGCCGUAAAAGAAAAAAAAGAAACCAGCUUUAAUUUAGAGCUAGUGAAAAUUAAGUGCUCAGAAACAUCUCCGCCAUUAAGCGACUGGACCAGAUAGCUCCCACGCUGGUUCCUUCACUAUAGUUUUGCCAUCAACGACGUUACACUGUAACUUCUGGUUAAUCAAACGAGCAGUAUACCUAAAUUCUGGCUAAAUGCAUUCUAGCAGUGACAAAAAUAUGAUAAAAGUUUCCGUUCUAAAUGGAAUUUUGCAAAAACUGGUGAUAUAUAUAUAUUUAGCUCUACUAUUUGGAGAAUAGGGUUGCUGUUCUACUUGCCUCGGCGUCGGCGCCUGCGUCGGCGUGAGCUUUUUUGGUUAAAGUUUUUCGGCAACCUUUUUUUUUUGUUACAAUUGCUUAUAUCUUACUGUCACUUCACAUUAACAUUAUCCAGCAUACAAACAAAGUAUGUGCAGGGGCUGGGCCCAUUAUACCUAAAGUCUAGGCCACCUAGAUAUUUACUUAGGUUAUUUUUAAGGUUAACAUUUUUCGGCAACCUUUGUUUUUCUGUCAUAUCUUUGUUACUAUUGCUUACAUCUUACUGUGACUUCACAUAAACAUUGUCCAUCAUAUAAACAAAGUAUGUGCAGGGGCUGGGCCUAUUAUACUCAAGGUCAAGGUCACCAAGUUGUUAUACUUGGAAUUAUUUUCAUGUUGAUUUUUUUCGAAAGCUUAAUGACUUGAAAUUAAAAAGUAUUUCUUUAUAAUCAUCAUCUUCGUGUGUGGUCACAAUCCCAAUAACUCUAAUUGUAAAUAUCAGAAAUACGCAAGUUAGUUGGCCAACAUACUGGUAAGGUUUUAUGAGUGUCGGGUAAUGUGGUCGUACAGUAUAAUUAAUUGUUUAAUAAUACUUUUAAUAGUUUAUUAACACAUUUCAGCUUCAAACAGGGUUAGUAAACUUUUGUGACAUAUUUCCUGGGAAUCAGAAGAUUAAUACAAGGACAUCCAGCAUAAUGAUUGAGGAUUUUUUUAUUAUUUUGUUAUCAAAUAAAAUAGUAAUAACAUUAAUCAAUUAAAAACUAAUCACUUUGGUGGUGGAAAUAGAUACAGUUUAGCAAAGCCUUUAUACUUAAUGUACUUAAAGUGCAUGUAGUUUCUUAGACUGUUUUUGAUACGCAUGUCUCUGGAAGAGCGGGGCGUAUUGUGUGAACACCCGUGGCGACGGGCGGGCGAGUGGGCGGUCGACGUCCAAAAGCAUGUCCGCACUCUAACUCAGUUUUCAUCCGAUCUUCGCCAAACUUAGUGACAAUGUUUGCGGGCAUAAUAUCUCGGCCAAGUUCGACAACCAGCAAAAUCGCUACAGGUACUCUAGAGUUAUGGCCCUUUAAUUACUCAAAAUCAGAAAAUUUAGCCUUGUCCACCCUCUAAGUUAAACAGUUUUCAUCCGAUCUUCGCCAAACUUGGUGACAAUGUUUGCGGGCAUAAUAUCUCGGCCAAGUUCGAUAAUCAGCAAAAUCCCCUAGGCACUCUUGAGUUAUGGCCCUUUAAUUACUCAAAAUUUGCAAAUUUAGCCUUGUCCACCCUCUAAGUUAAUCAGUUUUCACCCGAUCUUCACCAAACAUGGUGACAAUGUUUGUGGGCAUAAUAUCUCGGCCAGGUUCGAUAACCAGCCAAAUCGCCCGACGCACUCUGGAGUUAGGGCCCUUGAAUUACUUCCAAAUCUGCAAAUUUAGCCAUGUCCGCCCUCUAAGUCAAACAGUUUUCAUACGAUCUUCACCAAACUAAGUGACAAUGUUUAUGGUCAUAAUAUCUCGCCCAAGUUCGAUAACCAGCUAAUUUUCCUUAGGCACUCUUGAAUUAUGGCCCUUGAAUUACUCGAAAAUCUGCGAAUUUAGCCUUGUCCGCUGUCUUAGUCGAACUGUUUUCAUCCGAUUUUCACUAAACUUGCUGACAAUGUUUGUGGGCAAAAUAUCUCGGCCAGUUGCGAUUACCAGCCAAAUCGCCCCAGGCACUCUUGGAUUAUGACCCUUGAAUUAGGCUAAAUUCGAUGACGGGCGUAUUUUGUGACAGUCUGCCACUCUUGUUCUGAUAUAAUUUAAUUCCAUCAAAAUAAGGAAUGUCAGUACCCAUUCCAUACUUGACCUUUAACCCCUCUGAGGACCAGAAAAUAUAACAACACUGAAUCCAUUUCCCAUCCACCUUCAGUUGUACGUAGCAGACUUCACAUUACGAGAAAAUACCGUAGUAAUAUGUUCUUGCCACUUAAAUUCAAGUAAUACUAACAAUUUACACUUGAUUCAUACCCCAUCAAAAAGGAAAUGUAUUACAGAAAUCUCAUAGAAUUCUCCCUUGACGGAGGCCAUUUUAUUUUCUUUGCAGAGAUAAACAAUUGGUUAGCACAUUGAGAAAAAGAAAUUUAAACAUUAUGAUACAUUACAAAAAUUGCUUAAAAUAUCAAUGUCUUUGCACGAUGAUACUAUUAGGAAUAGCUGCACAUUGUUUUUGUACGAUUAUGUUAUUAGAAAUUGAGACAAAGUGUCUCUGUUCGAUUAUAUUAUCAGACAUAGAGGUAGAUUAUUUUGGUACGUUUAUGUUAUUAGAAACAUAGGCACAGUUUCUUUGUUUGAUUAUGUUUUCAAGAAAUAGAGGUAAAGUGUCUUUGCGCAAUUAGUACAUUUUUUUUUCAUUUUGAUGUUAAAUUGUAUAUAGUUUCGGUCAGUCUUUUCAUUAUUUUACAUGAUUUCAGUUGAUGAUAUUUCAUUAACAUAGCUUUAUGUAAUUUUUCACCGUUUAAUAUCACUUCAGGGACACUGCUGGUAAAAAACGUUUUGAAAGUAUGUACGAUCGGCUUUUUAGUGGUACAAAUGGCAUUUUGUUUGUGUAUGACGUAACCGACGGAAAAAUGUUUGAAGACAAUAUUCAUUGGAUAGAACAAUAUAUAAUAAACAGGAUACCAGCUAACUGUGAGAAGAUGGUUGUAGGCAAUAAGAUUGAUUUGGAGGAAGAAAGAGAGGUUAGCGCUCUAAGAGGUUAUAAGCUAGCUUCUAAAUGUGGUGCAAAAUUCUUCGAAGUCAGUGCUAAAACCAACGCCCAUGUCCAGGAAGCAAUAAAUACAUUAAUAAAAACUGUUGCAGCAAGAAUUGUUGGUAAAAAGGUCCCUGAAGGAAUCAUGCACGAUCCCUAUGCUUUAGCCAUCUAUGAGAAUGCUUUGCAAGCUGGUAAGGAAAAGGACAGGUCCAUUCGAGUGAAUAUAGUUGGAAACUUCAGACAAGGUAAAACAACAUUAAUGAGAAGGUUGUUGGAACAAGACGUCAGAGACAUUACAAGUACAAAUGGAAUAGUUGUAGAACAUUACAAGUGUAAGAAAGACAGCGAUGGAAAAUUGCAUUAUAUCAAAGCAGACGGCACUAUUGGAUCAGAAUAUGUUCAGCGUCUAGUUUCGGUCGCUGCUAAGGAUGGACUGAUGGAAGAAGACACGAAAACGCACUUACUGAUGAAUGUAGCUCUGCCAGAAACAAAAACUUCAAAACAGCAUCCGCAAACAUCAGACGUCAAAGAUUCUACUCUCCGUAAAGAUACUGAAGAUUUGCCAAAUACUUUGAAUGCUGAAAAUAUGUGUGAUUCAUUAAAGAUAAGUUACACAAAUGAAGAUGAUCUGCAAAAUAAUUCUAUGUUAUCAACCGAAGAAACGAAUGUGUUUGCUGAAGCUCUUAAGACGAAUCUGCAAUCCCCAAAAAAAGAAACACAGACAGUGUUUGAUAUUUGGGAUUUCGGUGGACAGUACAUUUUCUAUGCAACUCAUACAAUCUUUCACAGCAAAAGAGCAAUUUAUCUUCUGGUGUUUGAUUUGUCUGUUGGCUUGAACCAAAUUGUCACUGAGGACCAGUUUUCAACAGAGUCGGAAAGCAGAAAUAUGAAAUAUUUCAUCAAUUUCUGGAUGAAUUCUAUUCAUUCGUUUGUUGGAUCCGCAGAUGGCUUAUUACCAAAGGUUAUCCUUGUGGGAACUCACAAAGAUAAACUUACAGGAAUGAAAGAAGAAAGAGUAAAUUAUAUCAGGAAGUACUUUGAAGACAUUAGACAAAUUUUUGAUGGCACAAAUCUUUCCAACCAUUUCCAUUUCGAAGAUUUUGCAAUUGAUAAUACUGAUGGAGAAGAUCCUUCAUUAAAUUCACUGCGUGAAACAAUUAUUAGAAUUGGAGAGGAACAGUCAGAAACAUUUGAAAUACCACUGAAGUGGAUUCAACUGGAAAAGUCGCUGCUGGAAAGAAAGCACCUAAAGCUUAUCUCAUUGUCGUUUGUUUUAGCAAUAGAUUCAGAGAAUGAAUUUCCACUGAGUGACAUAGAACAGGUAAAAUUGUUUCUCAGUUACCAUCAUGCAAAAGGCACAUUUAUUUAUUUUGACGAAAAUCCAAUAUCAGAAUAUGUUGUACUUGAUCCUCAGUAUCUCAUUGAUGCGUUCAAGUGCAUUAUUACAUGUGAACGUUUCUGCACAAAUGAACCCGAAGUACGCCCUUUCUGGAGAAUGUUACUGUCGGAGGGAAGGCUUGAAAAACAAUUGAUUGACCGACAGUGGGGGAAGCCUGAAGACAAAUUCAAGAUGUACAAAGAAAACAAAGAAAUUCUGCUUUCUUUUCUUGUGAAACAUCACAUUAUAUCAGAAGCUGCGUAUUUUGAUGAAAACACAAAACGGUCGGUAGGACUGGGUUGGUUUGUAGUGCCAAGUCUUUUAGCAGAUCAUUCAUCGAAAACAGAACUUCACGAAUUUGUCAAUGGAAAGAAACAGACAAACGUUCGAUAUGUGAUACUAUUCAGCUGUUCGUCAAUCGUGCCUACAGUCUAUCAUCGCUUAGUAUCAGCUGUCAUAGGUAAGUGGCCUAUAGCUAAAACUGGCAAGAAAACGUUAAUUUUCAAAGACAUGUGUAUAAUUCGGCUGAACAUUGAUCACGCUGGAAUAGCUGAAAUGAAAUACAACAAGAUCGAGGUGACAGUAGUUGGUCUUUGUCCUUCAACAGAUGUUGAUGGUGAACAAGCAGACGGUUUCCGUCGAUUUUCUGAAGCUGUAAUGACAAAUGAAUUUCGGAAGCUUCGAAAUGAGGAAGAGACUAACAUAAAACCAUACACCAUUUGGUUAAGAUGCAAUCAUCAGAGUCAUGGAUUAAAUGGUAGUGAAAAUUUAGUUGCAAUACAGGAUUUAGAGAACAGAAAAUUUGUUCCAUGUCCAGAUUUGAUGACGCAUGAUAUCAACGUCGGAAAGGCAAAAGGAGAGUGGUUUCAAGACAACAGAAAAAUAAUAGUCAUUCCAGACAGCCAACUGACUGACAAAUUACUUGGCAACAUAUCACAGUGCAUCGGUAACAACUGGCAACUACUUGGUCUUGAACUAGGGCUAUCACAAGUUCAGAUAGAACACAUUGUCGAAGACCAUCCACAUAGUGCAGUCAUGAGAAUAUACACAAUGCUUCAAACUUGGUGUCGCGAAGAUGAAGAUCAGGCAACGCUGAGAGCUCUAGUUGAGACAAUACAACGAUGUUCUGUUGUUUGCGUUGAUUGGGACAAUCUGAGAAAUAUCCUAGAUAAACUGCAUUAAAAAGUCCUUACGUGUGUGCUGAUUGCGACAAAUUGAGAAAUAUUUCAGAUAAAUUUCAUUAUUUUUUUUAAAGGUGACCUUACUUAAGAAAUGAAAAAUAAAAACUGAGGAAUAACCUAGAUAAACGUAAUUAAAUUGUCCGCACUCGAAUAUGAACUGGACAAUUGAGGAAUUUUUUAGAUAAAUUACAUCAAAAUGACCACAAGUGAGAGAAGUGAGUGUUGGUUGAGCCAGAUUCGAGAAAUACAUUAAAUGAAUCGCAUUAAAAGUAUUUUCCGUCAGCAUUGAACAAACUGAGAACUGUCGUAAACAUAUUUGGUCUUACGUGACUGUUGAUUGAAACAAACUAAAAAAGAAAACACACAUAAAUUAUGCUGAGUGUUUAUUCUAGAAUCUUUACAAUAUCCCUUAAAUAACCUAAUUGAGAUAACAGGGGCCGUAUUCAUAAAGCAUCUUAAGUAUAAGUAUAAGAAAUUGAUUAUUUUCUUAAGUAUUACUUAGGUUAGAAAUUUAUUUUAUUUAAGUGUAUUUGUUAUUCAUAAAACAACUUAAUAAGUAAUUCUUGUUUUUUAUUGUGGACGAAAACAUUAAAAAAAACAACAUUAAUUUCAGACAGAUACAAGUCAUUUCUUACGUAUCUUAAGUUUUAGCUGUUUUAUGACUAGAACUUAAGUUUUUGCUUAGACUUAAAGGUGGAUAAUCAGAUUUUGGCCAUGUAACGGAUUUGUUCGAAACUUAAGCAUCUGAUCAUUUACACUCAUUUAUGUUCACUUAACAUUAAUACAAAUUAGAUUUUCACUGGAGGUAUUUUUAAAAUUUCAUUUUCCUAUCCUGGUUGCCCAACCAAGAUAGAGUUAUUUUAUCAUAAGUAUACAUUUGAUAAACAUACUUUGCCUAAGGAAAUGUAUAAAUAUUAGACAUAUUGUAAUAUAUUUGUAAAAUAUUUGCAUUAAAAAUUAUGUAUUUAGAUGGAAUUCAUUAGAAACGCAAGUUUGAAAAAUUAUUAUUACCUCCCUUUGCCUAUCUUUGUUGCGCAAUCAAGAUAGAUUGGAAAUAAAUGAAUUCAGAAGCUACACACAGCUUUUUAACUUGCAUUUUGGUUCAGAUUGUUCAAUAGUUGAUAUGUCUAUCAAAUGCAAAUGUAAAACUAGACAUUGUAUCGAAAUAAAAAGAAAUACCCAGCUUUUUAUAUACUUUCAUAUUAAAGGGGAGUAAUUACAAAAUUUUAUAAAAAUAAUAAAAUAUACAUUUCAAAUAGGAAUCUAACGCUAUGUAAUCGGUCUUUUUGUUCCUUAAAUAAUUCUCUACCAGAAUAUACAAAAAGUAAAAAAUGUCAUUAAAUGUUGUUUAAAUGUGAUUGACCACUUUUAAGUUGAAAUCACCACAAACUUAAGUAAAAUCUUAAACUUAAGUCAAAACUUAUACUUAAGAUGCUUUAUGAAUGCGGCCUCAGGUCUUUAUUCCCACAUGUUAGCGUUCAAUGUGAAAACUGCGAAACAUUGAAAAUGAACCGAAAUUACACCAGGAACAAUCAUGACAACUAUUGAACAGUUAUACCAUGUGAAAUGAAUAUUUUUGGACAGACGACUAGGUUCUGGUGUAAUGUAAUUAUUGUUGUGUUUGUACAUGUAUUAAUUAAAAUGUUUGCAAUACGUAAUACACUACUGAAGUGAUUAUUUUGCAGUUUAACGCAUGUAGAAACAAUAGCAUUACCUUCCAUUGUCUCCUUUCACGACAAUUUUAAUGACCUUAUACGGGUGGAGCAAGGACUUGAUUUAAUGCCGUCAUAUUGACAAUGUCCGAAUUAUCUAUUUCUUCCUUCUCCAUUUUUUAAACGUUGAAUAGGCAAUAGUUUGAAAUAUAUUUCUGUAUAGACAUAGCUUGUUGAAUAAGUAAAACCUGAGGUAAGUUAUGAACAUCUGACCUAUAAAGCCAUUGGAACAGUAUUCAGGUAAUGGAAAAAUAGUUUCAGCGUUUGUUAUAGACAUUUAACUGUAUUCGUUAUGAAAUUAUGCAAAAUAUUUUAAAAGGAGUCUUAUUUAUUGCAUCAGUUUUUCAUUGUACCUAUCUUCUAUUUUAGUUAAGGUUUGUUAUUGCAUAUUUGGACCUAUCUUAAUUCCUGGUAAUUAAUUUGUUGCAUAUGGUAUUGUACAGAAGUAAAUUAUGAUGAUGUCACAAUUAAAAUAAAAAUACGACAUUGAAAUAAGUGUCUCUUCAAAAACUAAUGUUCGAUUUUCGCAAUAUUGUUUCAGUUUUGUGUAUGCUUUUAGCAUGCUCUGUCUGGAUAUACAAAUUGUUUAUAUCAGCGAAGACAAUAUAAUCGGUCGAUUGAUAAGUAUCAGUCUGUUUGAAAUAGUUUGUCAUACACUCGAAAGUGAAAUUAAAUGAAAGUUGAUGAUAUUUCUGUUAAUGUAUUGAUGAUUAAUAUCCAUGUAAACUGGU